AUGGUGUUUACCGUUAUCAUCACAGCCAGUAAAGCGGCGCACCUGUCAGCGGAACAGUUCAAGGAACACUAUGAAACAAAACAUGCUCCACUCGUCAAUUCACUAUGCGACGCACGCUAUAAGCCGCUUGUCUAUCGACGACACUAUACCGCUCGCCCGGAUGGGCCCUCUAUGCACCCUGACUUUGAUGCUAUGACGGUGCUUAUUUUUGCGGAUGAGCCAACGUACAGAUCUUGGCAGGCUUCGCUAGCAGCUGGAGACAACAAGACUAAGAUCCAGAGUGAUUGUCUUCAAUUUCUCAAUAUGGCAACCUACAAGACGUGCCCGGUUGAGGUUAGAGAAUGA